UUAUUAAUUUUGUUAUAGGGAUAUUUGGAAUUUUAGUAGAGAAUAUGACGUCUGGAGAAAAGUUACCAACGACUUCAAAGGGUGUGCAAAAUGUAAUGCAAAACGUAUAAUUGAUUUGGCAUUUAUAACACGUGUGUUUUGAUAAAGCUCCCGCGAUGUUUUUGUUUAUUUUCAAGAGACUUUAAAAAUUACACAGAAACUUGAAUAAUGACCCUGAAAAUUAAACAAUUUACAAAUGUAUCUGGAUUUCUUCAAAGAAAAAAUGAUAUUUUAUACAAUUCUCCAUUACUCACUUCAGCCACUUCUCGAAUUCUCAUAUUUUUCGGAGGCGACACUCAGGAUUUUUCUGAGAAUAUGUCAAAGCACCGAGACAGUCGUCGUUAUCAGGAAUGGAGUUUAGAAAAUACAUCAAAACUAAUAGCAGAGCGUUUUCCCAAAAAUCAUAUUUUUAUUAUUCGACCAGUCAGGCGAAAAAUAUUUUCUAAUGCAGUUUUAAAUUGUUAUGAUAAUUUUGUACCUGGAAACGAAUUUGGUGCGCCGAAUUUUUGUCAAAAUUUCAACAGUUUAUUACAUUUGAAAUUACUUCUUCAAUCGUUGUCAAUUCAAAUUCCAACGGUUUCAACUGAAAUAAUGAGUGAUGACUUAGUAUUCAUGGGAUUUAGUAAAGGUUGUGUCGUAUUAAAUCAAUUUCUCCACGAAUUUAAUUUUUAUCAAAACAAAUUGGAUGUAGAUAAUGAAAUGAAAAAGUUUAUAUUAAGAAUUAAAGAAAUGUGGUGGCUGGACGGAGGACAUCCAGGCAAAAAGGAUACUUGGAUAACAGACGAAACGAUAUUAAAGUCGUUUGUAAAAAUGGGAAUUGAUAUUCAUGUACAUGUCACUCCCUACGAAGUAAGAGAUGACAAUCGACCAUGGAUUCGUUUUGAGGAAGAAGUUUUUACUGAUACUUUACGAAAAAAAGGAGCAAAUAUACAACGAUUUCUUCAUUUCGAAAACCAACCUUGUAAAUUAGAAAAUCACUUUCGUGUAUUAAGAGAAUUUUCACCCGUGUCACACAGUAAUUAA